AUGGCCACCACCGGGGCCCUGGGCAACUACUAUGUGGACUCCUUCCUGCUGGGCGCCGACGCUGCUGACGAGCUGGGCGCUGGACGCUACGCGCCAGGGGCCCUGGGCCAACCCCCACGGCAGGCGGCCGGGCUGGCCGAACACCCCGACUUUAGCCCUUGCAGCUUCCAGUCCAAGGCGGCGGUGUUCGGUGCCUCGUGGAACCCGGUGCACGCGGCGGGCGCCAAUGCGGUGCCGGCUGCGGUCUAUCACCACCACCACCACCCCUACGUGCACCCCCAGGCGCCCGUGGCCGCGGCGGCGCCGGACGGCAGGUACAUGCGCUCCUGGCUGGAGCCCACGCCCGGUGCGCUCUCCUUCGCGGGCUUGCCCUCCAGCCGGCCUUAUGGCAUUAAACCUGAACCGCUGUCGGCCAGAAGGGGUGACUGUCCCACGCUUGACGCUCACACUUUGUCCCUGACUGACUAUGCUUGUGGUUCUCCUCCAGUUGAUAGAGAAAAACAACCCAGCGAAGGCGCCUUCUCCGAAAACAAUGCCGAGAAUGAGAGCGGUGGAGACAAGCCCCCCAUCGAUCCCAAUAACCCGGCCGCCAACUGGCUUCAUGCUCGCUCCACACGGAAGAAGCGCUGCCCCUACACAAAACACCAGACGCUGGAACUGGAGAAAGAGUUUCUGUUCAACAUGUACCUCACACGGGACCGCAGGUACGAGGUGGCCCGGCUGCUCAACCUCACCGAGAGGCAGGUCAAGAUCUGGUUCCAGAACCGCAGGAUGAAAAUGAAAAAGAUCAACAAGGACCGAGCAAAAGACGAAUGA